AUGGGCAGAUGGGCAGAUGGGCAGCGAGCUGACAGUCGCAGCGCUGGGCGCCUCUCACUCUGGCGCUCCAACACGGACAAGGCUGAGCACGUCGUUGCCAGGCAGGAGCCGCUUGGGGCGCAGUCGGCGGGGAUCCUGCGCGGCCGCUGUCUUGCUCUCUCUCUUUGUCUUUCUCUGCACCAGCGCACGCCCGGGUCGUGGCGAGGAUACGGCGGCGGCGGCGACGACGGCGGCGGCGGCGACUUGCUGCUGGACGCGCUCGAGCGGGAGCUGAAGUUGGUACCUGAGCAGCGGGCGUGUCUGCGCCCUGGACGUGGCAGAGCAGUGGAGGGGUACGCUGGCCGGGUCAUUCUUUCACCGGUCGUGUGCAGCCCAACGACCAGCCUGCGCCAUGCCCUAAUCACCAGCCUGCAUACCCUAGUACCAGCACACCUAGUUACCAGCACGACGCCAUGCCUGAUUACCAGCACGACGCCAUACCUAAUCACCAGCACCACGCCAUACCUAAUCACCACCACAAUGCCAUACCCAAUCACCACCACAAUGCCAUACCCAAUCACCACCACAAUGCCAUACCCAAUCACCACCACAAUGCCAUACCCAAUCACCACCACAAUGCCAUACCCAAUCACCACCACAAUGCCAUACCUAAUCCAGCUCCCGUCCCAGCUCCCGUCCCAGCUCCCGCUCCACGGCUCCACUAGACACAAAGGGAUCCCUCGCCCGCCCAAACAGCCAUCCUGCACGGCCCUCGGCACGUGGCGUUGCACUCCUCUCUCCUGCCCUCUCCUGUCCUCUCCUGUCCUCCCCUGUCCUCCCCUGUCCUCUCCUGUCCUCUCCUGUCCUCUCCUGUUUCCUACCUGGUUUCUUCAUCUCUAG